AUGCCGGAGGACAAGACCAUCUACUUUGUGCGCCAUGGCGAGUCGACCUUUAACGAGUGGCGCACGCGCAGCCUCUGGACGUUCUCGUGGAUCUUUGUCAAGGACCCGAUGAUCAUCGACGCUCCGCUGAGCCAAAAAGGCGAGCUGCAGGUACAGCAGCUGCAUGACGAGAUCCAACAAAAGAAGCUUCACGAAUCCAUUCAACUCGUAAUCACAAGCCCUCUGACGCGUGCGAUUCAGACGGCGCUCGGCGGCUUUGAAGGCAGUAGCCUUCCGUUCCAAGUCCAUGCGAGCUGCCGCGAGAUGCUUGACACCGCCUGCGAUGUCGGUCGCCAGCCAUCAGGUCGAGGCAUUGACUUCACGCAUUUGCGCGAGUAUUGGUGGCUACCGACGACACCGGCGACACCAAAGCCGACACCGACGACGCCCAAGGACGUAGCGCCGCUUCGCGAGACGUCGGCGGACGUUGAUCGCCGCAUUUUGGAGCUACUGCGUCAUCUGAACGAGCUGCAAGAGACGCACAUUGCAGUCGUGUGCCACAGCAGCUUCAUCAAGCGCGCGACCAAGGCCUCUCGCAAGCUUGCCAACUGCGAGAUCCACGCAAUCUCACUGCGGGAAUUGCAGCGUCUUCAUGCCCCAUCGGCGUAG